AAAAAAAAAAAUUACAAUAUUGAUGUUUUGGUCUCCUACAGAUAAACUGUGUGACGUUCCCUCACCCUGACACCAUGCCGGAGCAGCAACUGCUGAAGCCCGCAGAGUGGAGCUACUGCGAUUAUUUCUGGGCAGAUAAAAAAGAUCCGCAAGGAAACAGCUCGGUGACCGGGUUUGAAGAACUCCUCCAGAAACAGCUUAAAGGAAAACAAAUGCAGAAGGAGAUGGCAGAAUUCAUCCGUGAACGGAUCAAGAUUGAGGAAGAAUAUGCCAAAAACUUGGCAAAACUGUCCCAGAAUUCUCUGGCGUCACAAGAGGAAGGGACCCUGGGGGAAUCUUGGGCCCAAGUCAAGAAAAGUCUCGCAGACGAGGCCGAAGUUCAUCUCAAAUUUUCCUCGAAGCUACAGAGUGAAGUGGAGAAACCCCUGCUGAACUUCAGAGAAAACUUCAAGAAGGACAUGAAGAAGUUCGACCACCACAUAGCGGACUUACGGAAGCAGCUCGCCAGCCGAUACGCCUCUGUAGAGAAGGCUCGGAAAGCUUUGGCCGAGAGACAGAAAGAUCUGGAAGUGAAAACGCAGCAACUGGAAAUAAAACUGAGCAACAAGACGGAAGAAGACAUUAAGAAAGCGCGGAGGAAGUCGACACAAGCAGGAGAUGACCUCAUGAAAUGUGUGGAUCUCUACAACCAAGCACAAUCCAAGUGGUUUGAAGAGAUGGUGACGACCACCUUGGAACUGGAGAGACUGGAAGUUGAGCGGGUGGAGAUGAUCCGUCAGCACCUCUGUCAGUACACACAACUACGGCACGAAACAGACAUGUUCAACCAAAGUACGGUGGAACCCGUGGACCAGCUGCUCCAGAAAGUCGAUCCUGCCAAAGACAGGGAAUUAUGGGUGAAAGAGCACAAGACGGGCGACAUCCGGCCCAUUGACAUGGACAUAUAGACUGUUUUUGAUGUAUUUUUGCCAAUUCCUUGGUUUGGAGAGUUCUUUAUAUGACUGCCAGUCCGGGGACAUUCUACAUUGCUGUAAAGUAUACAAGGUCAUUCCAUACUGAGCUAAAAAAUAUCAUAAUUUUUUUGGAACAGGGGACACUGGGAUUUGUCUGUUCGUGGUUCCAUGAAUGCAGAGUUGACUGGCCUCAUGUGCUGUUUCACACGUGGUGCCAACCAGCUUGGCUUCUUGGCAGAGGACGUCAUAAAGCUUGUGCCACACUGGAUAUUGCUGCAUAAUACCAGAACAUAUAUAAAAUAAUGUAAAGUAACAAACACUAUACAUAAAACUAUAUGAACAAAAAAAAAAACUUUACAGAGACGGCCCCCAGGGUGACACCUCAAUUUUAGGGCAUCCAUAAAACAGGUACAAUGACACCCAUGUCAUCUCCCUCACUCUUGGACAAGAAAGGUCACAUGAUACAAAGACAUUUGGGAAAUGGUGACAUUAAAACAAUGUACUAAAUUAUGUUCAGCAAAGCAGCUACAAAGACCAUGUCCUCCUGUGAGACUCGGCGCCACCUUGUGGUCGAUUACUAUGAAAAAUAAAGCUCUGUAAAACUUUAUGGUUAAUUUUCCAGUGUCUAUAACUGAUGUUUCAGCAGAGCUUUCCCCCAUUCCACCUCCUCGAUUCAUCAGGUUCAUAUGAUUCCCUCAUAUUAUGGCUACCUGUGUAAAUUCUCACCCCUCCUUUCCUAUGUAUUAUAGCAGAUUUCUAAGGCCUGACCUCUGCCCCAGCCUGACCCCCGCCCCUCCCCCACACGCCUUUCACCCCUCUUUGUACAGAUCUAAUGUAAAAGACAAACAUUUUUCAGAUUCUAUGAAACUAAUUUAAUUGGAUGAAGCGGAGAAUUGUGUCCGUAGAUUCAUGUUUGUGUAAAGUUGUGAUGUCAUUAAAAAAGUUUUCAGAAAGAGAAAUUAUUGACAACUGAACGGAGGAGAUUCCCGCUGUAUAUCCAGAGUUCUAAUAAAUCAUCUAUAAAA